AUGUUAGCUGACAAAACCAGUGCUUAUGUGAAUUAAAGUUCUGUUUAAGCUAAAUAGCCAAGCAAAAGAGUGCAACUUGACAUUCAAUAUGUUGCAUAAACCUUCGAAAAAACUCAAUCCAUUAAUAAUCUCCAAGAUAUGUUCCCAGAUAGCAAAUCCACCGAUUUAAGACAUUCAAUUACAACUGAAGAAAGUGAAAUUGAGAAAUUAUCUCAAGCCUAUGCAGAUAAAUACUAUUAUGAGAUGAAAUUCGAGUAAUACUAAAAUUUGCUUACAUAAUAAUAAGGCACAAUCACCAAGCUAUUGAAUGAAAAAAAGGAACUGCUUGGGAGAUUAGAAUCUGCUAAAAGUAAUGAAAAAGAAAUUAGUCUGUUGUAAUAAUUAGAGGUUAAAUUUCUUGAAAGCCAAAAAGAGAAACAAUAGUUACAAAUAGAAUGUUAAUAAUAUAAAUAUUAAGUUGAAUAACUGCUUGCUGCUAAUAAUGAAUUACAAUAAUCCUUUCAAUCCUUACAUAAUUAAUUUGUUGAAUACAAAGAUAAAUAGGAUAAGUACUCAAUUAAACAAUAAGAAUUAAUUGAUAAAUUAACUGAUGAUAUUGGAAACAAAAAAUAUUUACAAGAAAUUCAUUCCCAAAUGAAAACAAUCAAAUAAUAAAACAAUCAACUUUCUUAAUAAUUAUCUUCAUAGGAACAUAAUUUCAAACUCAAACUGUAAGAAAUACAAGAGAAGUAUGUUAUACAAAACAAUGAAUUGUAAUAAGACUGUGAAUCUCAACUUGAGUAAAAGGAAGAAGAAUUGCAUUUACUAAAAAUGGGACUUGAAAAACAAAAAUCAGAAACUCAAAAACUAUUGAAUGAAAAUAUAUCUCUAUAAAGCCAUAUUUAAUAAUUGACAUAGAAUUACCAAGAUGAUAUAUAAGCUUAAGCAUCACUACUUUCAGAUUAAGUGGCAGAAUACAAAAUAGUUAUAUAAAAUCUUGAAAACCAAUUAUAUCAAAUGAACCUUGAAAUAAAACAAAGAGAUCGAUCUUCUUCGAAGGAUAGCAUUAUGAAUUCAAGAUUGAUUUCCAAUUAUAUUAGCAGAUGUAAGCAAUGA